AUGCCCUUCGUGGCCCUCUUCAAGGACAAGUCGUCCAGCAAGUACCAGGACAAUGGCAUGAGCCGCCAGCGCCAGACCGCCCUGGCCGUCGUCGACGCCUUCAACCGCCUGGACACCACCACCGUCUUCAAACUGCGCGACCGCAGCUGCUGGCGCGAGAUCUAUCCCAAGUCGCUGGGCGCCGCCCCCCAGGACAACUCGGCCUGCCAGCGCUCGCUCAACAUGCUGGCCAACACCUUCAAGGAAAUGCACAUGUCGGUCCACGAGAUCAUCGAGGACGUGCCUGCCCGCAAGGUGUGUCUCUGGAUCAUCGCCACCGGCCGCACCGUCUCCGGGCCCUUCACCAACGAAUACGUCUGGAGCCUGGAGUUCGACGAGAGCGGCAGCCAGAUCAUCCGCUGGAAGGAAUUCGCCGACGCCAUCUCCACCAAGAACCUCUUCCCCGAGCUGAUGGCCGCCUCGGGCAACGACCCGGACCCCAUCCUCCCGCAGCAGCACCAGCACGACUCGGCCUCGACCCACAGCGGCAGCACCUCCAGGACCACCGAAGUCAACCUGCCCACCCGUGCGGACAGCAUGGUCUCGACCGCCUCCCGCGCCUCCUCUACUCUCUCCUCCCACGGCCUGUCGCACGUCUCGUCCUCGCAGCACAGCACCCAGCCGCUGUACCAGCCCCAGCCCCAGCACCCCCAGCACCCCCAGCAGCUGCAGGAAGGCUCCUCCCCCACACAGCCCCAGCACCCGCAGCAGCCCGGCUCCAAGCCCACCACCCCGCGGCCAAAUUCGCAACUGCCGCCUGCCCGCUCGCUGCGCGGCGUGCCGACCGAAAUCCAAGGAAACGGCCGGACGCUGGGCACCUUGCGUUGA